AUGAAACUGUUAUCUCAAGGAAAAUUAAGGCUCCACAUUGUUCAGCCAGUACAUCUUCCAUCAGGGCUGCUCAUAUUUUUUAUCCUGAAGUCUAUCUCAUCUCUAAAACCUGCCCGACUUCCAAUUUACCAAAGGAAGCCUUUUAUAGCUGCUUGGAAUGCGCCAACAGAUCUGUGUUUGAUAAAAUAUAAUUUCACACUGAAUUUGAAAAUGUUUCAGAUGAUUGGAAGCCCUCGGCUCAAAGAUGGGGAUCAAAAUGUUACUAUAUUUUAUGCCAACAAGUUGGGAUAUUACCCAUGGUAUACAUCAAGAGGGGUCCCCAUCAAUGGGGGUCUUCCACAAAAUACAAGCUUACAAUUACAUCUGAAAAAGGCUGCCCAGGAUAUUAACUAUUACAUCCCUGGUGAAAACUUCAGUGGACUUGCUGUUAUAGACUGGGAAUAUUGGCGCCCACAGUGGGUCCGGAACUGGGAUGCAAAGGAUAUCUACAGACAAAAGUCAAGAAUACUUAUUUCUGAUAUGAAAAAGAACAUAUCAGCUGCUGAUAUUGAAAAUCUAGCCAAAGCAACCUUUGAGAAAAGUGCAAAAGCUUUCAUGGAGGAAACUAUCAAAUUGGGAAUCAGGAGUCGACCCAAAGGCCUUUGGGGUUAUUAUUUAUAUCCUGAUUGCCACAAUUAUAAUUUUUAUGAUGCAAACUAUACUGGAUCAUGCCCAGAAGAGGAAGUUCUACGGAAUGAUGAACUAUCUUGGCUCUGGAACAGCAGUACUUCUCUGUAUCCUGCUAUUAGUAUCAAGAAAUCCUUGAAAGACAGUGAACGUACUUUGCACUUCUCUCAAUUUCGGGUAUAUGAAUCAAUGAGGAUCUCUACCAUGACAUCACAUGAUUAUGCUCUGCCUGUAUUCACCUACACACGACUGGCCUACAGAGAUGAACCUCUGCUCUUUCUUUCUAGGCAAGAUCUAAUAAGUACCAUAGGAGAAAGCGCCGCGCUAGGAGCUGCAGGCUUUGUCAUUUGGGGAGACAUGAAUUUAACUGCAUCUAUGGAGAACUGUACGAAGGUCAACCGCUUUGUGAAUUCGGAUUUUGGGAAAUACAUAAUCAAUGUGACCAGAGCAGCUGAGGUAUGCAGUCAUCACCUUUGCAAGAAUAAUGGGAGGUGCAUACGGAAGACAUGGAAAGCACCUCAUUACCUCCACUUGAACCCUGACAGUUAUCGCAUAGAAGCCUCUGAGGACGGAGAGUUCAUAGUGAAGGGAAGAGCAUCAGAGGCGGACCUAGCUGGGAUGGCAGAGAACUUCCUGUGCCACUGUUAUCAGGGAUAUGAAGGGGCUGAUUGUAGAGAAACGAAAGAACCUGAUAGCGGCUCUGGGGUCUCCCCUUUCUCUAUCUCAGUAAUAACACUGUGUCUGCUAGUUCUAGCAGGUUAUCAAAGCAUUCGGCUUUGA